UUCAGAAGAAUAAUUUUUCUAAUCGGCCUGUUCGUAACUAAUGUGCAGUUCAUAUGGCGGCCGUAUAUGGGAGUGGGGGUUCCUGAUGUGCUCGCCUCCCAUUUGGUUAUCUGCUCUACUCAGUCGCCGCUAGUGUCAUUCGAGUGCAUAGAAUGGCACCCAGCAGACCGAGUUAGACGACAGUUCGGGAUGCAACAGCAUCCACCAGGCCCCGCGUUCGACCUUGGUCGUGAUCAUUGCAAGCGGUUGACAGGAGCACAGAACCAUGACUGGGGACAGAUUUACAGUGAAUGGGUUAACAGGUGGAGCUCUGACCGCUAUAACACAUUACAGUUAGGUGAAGAGAUUGUUGACUUUCAUCCUCUCCCAUUAUACUACGAGUGGUACACACAACAGUAUGGAGUUCACCUGCGACUGUCAGAUAGAGUUCCAGGUGAAGAGGUCGGCGCUGAUGAACCACAACAGCAACAGGAAGAACCACCUGGCCCUCAGCCUCAAGCCCCGCCUCAUGAGCAGCAGUUUCAGGUUCCGGUUUAUCAGCACCACUAUCAGGUCCCGGUAUAUGAGCAGCAGUAUCAGAUGCCGGCAUAUGCCCAGCAGUUUCAGGAUCCGGCAUAUGCCCAGCAGUUUCCGGAUCCGGCAUAUGCUCAGCAGUGGCCUGCAUAUCAGCAGCAGGCACCGUAUAUACCAGAACCACAACCAACUCAGGCACCAUAUAUACCGGAACCACAGCCAACUCCGGCACCUGAGCCUUACAUACCACAUCUGGUAAUUCCAGCUGAGGGUCACUUUAGUCCGUUGGGUGGAUCUGACACUAUCAGCUUCUCUCAGGUCCUGAGAGAUUCAGAUUAUCUAUUUCCGACGGCACCACAGGAAGGGCCUGCUACAUCUCAGCAGUCUGCGGGUCGUCGCGCCACUUCAGGUCAUGCCAGUGACUUCGACUGUGAUCAGUCGACGGGUCAUGUAGAUCCGCCCGGUCCUUCCGCACCACCAUGCUCUCAAUUGUUUGAUUUGAAUGAGUAUCCGCAGCAGGAAGAGGGGGAUUUGGGAUACGACUUGCAGCACUGGUAUGAUCUUGGUGGAGCGAGUGGUCCGGGGAUGAGUGAUUCCGGUUUGUAUGACAUUGGUGGUGCGAGCAUGACAGAUUUCAGUGCAAGCAGUGAGCUGGAUGCCGGUGUGUCUCAGGGUCAUCCAUAUAACUUACGGACACAGACUGCGCCUCCGAACAAAUACACCCCAUCCUUGUAUUCGAAGAAGGCACCGAGGAAGUAGUCCGUUGUAUUUGAUCUUGCAUUCUAUGUUGUAUUCAGAUUUGUAUUCACUGUCGUACCGAGUAUUUAGAUGAUUCCACUCAGUAUUAUUAUUAUGACAUAUUUAGCCUUG